AAAUCCAACGCAACAGGUGAAUAACCCUUCACCUUCCCAAGCAAAGCUUCCAUUUCUAAAUUUUAGGGCACAACACGGGAAAAAUGGAAAGAAUCGAAAAUUAAACUCUAAAACGCUGACUGUAAUUUCCAGAUCUCUCUACUCCCAUGGCGGAUCCUUCUUCAUCUUCUCCUUCUACUACUACUGCUAUUACGAAAUCUGACUCCAAUUCCAUUCAACCCGAAUCCGUUAACCCAACCAUUCAACCCGAUCCAACAUCCGACUCCACUCUAACGCCACCACUACAACAACAACAACAAUCCGGAACGAAUCCUAACCCUAACCCUAGCCCUAAUCCGAAUCCGACUUUUCUAUCCUACAUGCUGCCGCCGCCGCCGCCGCCGCCUCCAGCAAUUUCUGGUGGUGUUCCUUCGGUGCAACCGUCAUUUCGCCCACUUCCGCAGUUCUCUCCGCUUCCGAAUUAUCAGAACCCCAGUAUUGGAGUGCAGCCGCCUGGUGUAAGUGCAGCGACGCCUGUUAUGGCUUCUGGUGCUCCUGGAGUAGCGGUGGCGGCGCCUAUGCCAGCUCCGAUCAUGCCUUAUCAGGCUCUGCCUGGUCAGCCUCCGAUGAGACCUUACGCUCCUUUGCCGCCAAAUGGUUAUGCUGGAGCUACUCCUCCCGGCAUUACAGGAAUUCAGCGUUAUCCCUCUCCAUACCCAGCUAUGGUUCGUCCGAUGUUUCCUCCUCGUCCACUUGGAGCACUUGGUAUUCUUCCAGCAGCUUCUCGCCUUCUUGUUCCAGGGAUUCCUGGCGUUCGCCCAGUUCCGAUUGUCAGGCCAGGUGUUCCUUCUGUCACACCAGCAGAAAAACCACUUACUACUGUUUAUGUUGGCAAGAUAGCACCUACAGUGGACAAUGAUUUUAUGCUGUCUCUCCUUCGGUUCUGUGGACCUGUCAAGAGUUGGAAACGUCCACAAGACCCCAAUGAUGGGACCCCUAGAGGUUUUGGGUUUUGUGAAUUUGAAUCUGCAGAAGGAGUUCUCCGUGCAUUACGUCUUCUAAGCAAAUUUAAUAUUGAUGGGCAAGAACUGGUGCUGAAUGUUAAUCAAGCUACAAGAGAAUAUCUGGAGCGCUAUGUUGAAAAGAAAACUGAAAACUUGAAGAAUCUCAAAGAAAAUCAAGCUCCAGGGGCUGCCAAGGAAGAUGGAACUGCUGAGAAGAGUGAACCUCCCAAAAUCAUUGGGGAGGACUCUAACAAAGACGGUGACAAGGUGAAUAAAGAAAAUAAUGAUCCUGCCAAUUUCGGGAUUGUGACUGAUGAGGACAAGGAGGGCGACAAAGAGGCUUUAGAGAAGCUAACUAGCAUGAUAGAAGAGAGGUUGAAGACCAACCCUUUACCUCCGCCCCCUCCACAAACACCAGCACAUGGUUCUGGUACAAACUCGGAAUUUCCAGCUAAAUCAAGGGAUGGGGACUCUGAUGCAGAUACAACGAGACAGGAUGCAGCUGAAGAUAAAAAUGACGAUGAGACAAUUAGUGAUCACAUACCAGCAACUGAACAGGAUAGGCCUGGGACAUGCUCACCUGAUAGAAGUAGUAGAAAGUAUGACCGCAGAAGCAGAGAAAGAGACAGAGAAAGAGAUCUAAAACGGGAAAAGGAACGAGAAAUUGAAAGAUACGAAAGGGAAGCAGAGCGUGAGCGAAUUAGGAAGGAGAGGGAACAGAGAAGGAAGAUUGAGGAGGCAGAGCGCGAGUAUGAAGAGCGACUCAAAGAUUGGGAGUAUAGGGAGAGAGAGAAGGAGAAACAGCGGCAAUAUGACAAGGAGAAGGAUAAAGAAAGAGAUCGUAAAAGGAGGAAGGAGAUCCUUUAUGAUGAAGAAGGUGAUGAUGAUGAUUCAAGAAAAAAAUGGCGCAGGAGUGCUUUAGAUGAUAAGAGAAGGAAGAAGCAGCGAGAGAAGGAGGAUGACAUGGCUGACAGGCUUAAAGAAGAGGAAGAAAUGGCCGAGGCUAAGAGGAGGGCAGAGGAGGAAAGGAUACAGCAGCAACAAACAGAUGCAUUUAAGCUAUCAUUUGAUCAGGUCAUGAAUGGAACUGAAAUGAAAGUUCUGGUUGAAGAAGUCUAUGUUGAAAGCAAAGACAAGGUUGUUGAACAGGAUAAUGAGGGCGAUUUGGGUGAUGGGGUCUUGCAAAAUGGCACUGUUGAUGAAUCAACUGUGACAUCAAUGACUGAAUCAGAUAUACGACAGAGUGGUAAUGCGCCUGCUAGAAAGUUGGGUUUUGGUUUAGUUGGUUCGGGCAAACGAGCAGCAGUUCCUUCAGUUUUUCACGAAGAGGAUGAUGAUGAUGCUGAUAAGGAUAAAAAGAUGAGGCCCCUGGUUCCAAUUGAUUAUUCAACUGAGGAGUUGCAAGCUGUUCAACCUACUGUUUCAGGAGCACAACCGCCAAUUGCUGCUGCUGCAGAAUUUGCAAAACGUAUUUCAAAUGUGACUCCAAAAGAAGAGAAGCCUGAUAUGGAAAGAGAAAGAAGUAGACGUUCUCAUGAUAGGUCAAGUCAGCGGGAUAGGGAUAGAAAUGAUGAAGAUGCUAUACGGAUGAGAGAUGAAAAAGAUAAGAUUCUUGAAAGGGAUAGAAACCGGGAACAUGGAUUAGACAAAGUGAAAACGCCAGAUAAGCAGAAACUUUUGGAUGCAAAACAAUUGAUUGAUAUGAUUCCGAAGACUAAGGAUGAACUUUUCUCAUAUGAGAUAAAUUGGGCAGUAUAUGACAGACAUGAACUUCAUGAGAGAAUGAGACCAUGGAUUUCAAAGAAGAUUACUGAGUUUUUGGGAGAGGAAGAAACCACGCUGGUAGAUUACAUUGUAUCAAGUACUCGAGAUCAUGUGAAGGCAUCACAAAUGCUGGAGAUGCUGCAAUCCAUAUUGGAUGACGAAGCUGAAAUGUUUGUGCUCAAGAUGUGGAGGAUGCUUAUCUUUGAAAUCAAGAAGGUGGAAACUGGCCUUGCUUUGAGGUCAAGAUCAUGAAUAACAUCUUUGUUCCUUGGUCGUUCCGAGACAUUCUGUUACUAGUGUAGAUCUAUUGUUAUUAAGUAAUUGUAGUAGAAGGAAGCACAGAUUGCAACUAAGGUAAUAUCAAUGUUUCUGCAAUUUGGAUUGCUUCAGAUUACAA